GUUUCUUUUCCCAAAAGAUGGCGGCCAAGCUUUACUAUGGAACAAAGAAGUCAAGCGAACACGGUUGGAUUGGACGACACAUACGAAGUACAGUGUAUUAUGCAGCGAACAUUUCGAAAGAUCAUGUUUCGAAGAGGGUCCCUUGCGAAUGGCAGAAAUGGGAAUCAGCACUCGUCGACUCGUGCUGAAGAAAGGUGCGAAGCCAACUAUUUUCGAUAGACCACGGACAAGUCCGGAGCACCCGACCCCCUCCACAAGCGGACAGACUGGGCACAUGAGGUCUGCAUUUGCCAAAAGGGAAAGGAAGAGGACAAUAGAUCAGAUCAUGGACAGUACGACUACGGCAUCAGUGGCGGAUGCGGUGGAUGAACCAAUGGCAAUGGCACUAGAUUUGCCUGAUGAGGAGGGCGAUCAAGAUCAGGGAAAUACAAGAGAACAAGGAUGCCAGACGGACUGGGUACCGAUUGGGACAGCACCAACAUCAAUGACCAGUAGCAAGAGCACCCAAACAGGGAAAAUACAUCAUAGAUCAAAGGGACACCAGGUGACCCCAGAUAUCCUCGAGAGGGUUAGAGCUCGGCCGGCCAGGGUUAGUGAAGUCCCAUUGUCAAGUGUAGCAGCUCCAUCUGACAGCCCCGAGAUGCAGACUAACAUAGCAGCUCCAGGUGUGUCUGGAAUGCAAGCCAAGCUACGACCACCUCCUGCAUUGUUUGAUGAAGGACCAGCAUCAAGUCCCACUGCGCCUUUUGUUGGUGGUUCUUCCGAUGACAGCUAUGUGCCGAGUGAGUCAACGACAUCGGAUCCGUGUCAAUCUGACGGGUCGCCAGAUCGCCCAUGUACUCACCAGAUGCAUGAAGAGGGCUGCCACAAGGAACCGAAGUACAUCAUCUUUGAGUCGUGCCUCCAGAGUCUCGUCAAGUGGUGUCACUGUCCAGUCUGUGGCAGCCAGGACAUAAGCCCUUCUUGGGAUUCGAACGGUACACAGCUGACCAUGACUCUUCAAUGUGCAUCAUGUGACCAGAGGAGUAGUUGGAGCAGCCAGCCAAACAUUGGCCCUUAUGCCGCGGGCAACAUCCUGCUGUCUGCUGGCAUCCUCUUCGCUGGGGCAUCUUCUGGCAAGGUGUUGCAAGUGCUGAACAGCAUCGGAGUGGUCACGUAUGUGAAGAGGACAUUUUUCAACCACCAGGAGCUCAUCCUGCAGCCAGCCAUCAAAAAGGUGUGGGAGGAACAGCAACGGACGCACCUCACCAUGCUGCAGGUGGAAGGCCGACCCCUCGUCCUUGGUGGUGAUGGGCGAGCAGACAGUCCGGGACACAGCGCCAAGUUCGGUACCUACACCACAAUGGAGCUUGUGGCCAAUGUGGUUCUCGACCUUCAGGUUGUACAGAGCAACGAAUGUCUUGGCAGCUACCAUAUGGAGAUGGAAGGACUGAAGAGGAUGGUGGAACUGCUGAUCAGCUGGGACCUGGAUGUCGGGGUGCUGGUGACAGACAGACACAGACAGAUCGCUAAAUGGAUUCGUGAAAACAUGCCCAAUACACGGCACUGCUAUGACAUCUGGCAUGUUGCAAAAUCCAUCGGAAAGAAACUGAAGGCCAUCGCCAAGCAUAAGGACUGUGAAGACCUGAAGCCCUGGGUGCAAAGUAUAAUCAACCACCUCUACUGGGCAGCAGUGUCUACACCGCCUGGAGAGGGGGAACUUCUGGUUGCCAAGUGGAAGUCUGUGGAGCGACACAUUCAGAACAUCCACAAGGACCAUGGCGACCUCUUCCCAAUUUGUACUCAUGGACAACUGCAACGGCAAAAGAAAUGGCUCAAACAAAGUUCACGCUCAGCAGUGAAACUGGAGGAGGUGGUCAACAACAAGUCCCUGCUAAAAGAUAUCGCCAUGCUGUCGGGUGAACACCAGACUUCCAAGGUGGAGGCGUUCCAUAGCCUUAUCAUACAGUUCGCACCGAAAAUGUAUGUCUUCUCAUACAUCGGAAUGCUGUGCAGGAACCUGCUUGCUGGGCUGCACUGGAACGAAAAUUCGAGCCGCCCUAUAGCCACUACACAAGCGGGUGCUGAGCGCUAUGCAGUACGCUACCCGAAGUAUAAAGCAGGGGGCCAUGUGGUCAAGAAAAUCGCGACAGAGCCAACAUACCGCUACGUAGAUGACUUGAUCAGGGAGGUUGUUGCUGGCUGCAGACAGACCCCUGACGAGAGAACACCACUCAGCGUCACUGUGGAUGUGCCUCCCUUCCUCUGCGAUGAACUGGAGAAGCCAGACAAGGAGGAAGCCAUCGCCAAGCACAGGAGUCGCUUCGGUAAGUGUGAAAUGCCCUCCCGGUAACAGUUAGAGAUGCUACCUCAGUAGAAGCAUUUAAGUCCCAUCUUAAAACUCAUUUGUAUACUCUAGCCUUUAAAUAGACCCCCUUUUUAGACCAGUUGAUCUGCCGUUUCUUUUCUUUUCUCCUCUGCCCCCCCCCCCCCACGUGGAGGGGUUAUUCCGGUGACCAUGGAUAAAGUGCUGGCUGUCCAGAGUUGGGACCCGGGGUAUACCGCUCGCCUGUGCAUCGGUUGGGGACAUCUGCGCUGCUGACCCGUCUCCGCUCGGGGUGGCCUCCUGCUGGCUCCACUGGACCCUCACUAAUAUGUUAGACCCACUCGACAUCCAUUGCUUUCGGUCUCCCCUAGAGGGGGGGGGUUACCCACAUAUGCGGUCCUCUCCAAGGUUUCUCAUAGUCAUUCACAUCGACGUCCUACUGGGGUGAGUUUUCCUUGCCCGUGUGUGGGCUCUGUACCGAGGAUGUCGUUGUGGCUUGUACAGCCCUUUGAGACAUUUGUGAUUUAGUGCUAUAUAAAUAAACAUUGAUUGAUUGACUGAU